CAAUCAUUCAUUCCUUAAUGCCACCAACAGUCAACGUCUGGGUGUAUGGUGCUUGUAUCAUUAGUUUGUCACUCUAUACCGACAGUUCUGUCCUUUUUGCCUAACCAUUCUUUCUGGACAAGCUAGCUGUAGAUUGAAGCGAACGUUGGAUACUGCAUUCUGUGCACAUAGUCUUCGUUGGACAAAUGCAGUGACAGCCAACAAGAGGCCGUGAACGACAAUGGCAGUAGCCUCCCAACAAGAGGCCAAGUCCUCAAGCUUUGAGUUUCCAAAGAGCUACAACUUUCCGCCCUUCUUCAGCCCCCAGCCAACAGCUUUGACCCGACAGGCUCAGCUGAAAAAAUGGUCAAUCCUCAUUCAAAGAUAUUGCAAACAUCAUCGCAUAUUCAAACUUACAAUCAUUGAUGCCCUUGAAACCCCUCUGUUUCACAAUGCUACCCUCAAAAAGCGCUUGAGCUUGAGAGAUGCCAAAGCAGCUAUCGAUUACAUGGCCAGCAAAGAUGGGGGCGAGCGAGCUGAGUGGCUUGGCCCUGAGAAGUCAGAAGCCUGGAUCUGGUGGCGAAAGCCCGACGAAUGGGCUACGGUCAUCGCAACUUGGGUGGAAGAGACAGGCCAGAAGGGCACCGUCCUGACCCUCUAUGAACUAGUCCAAGGAGAAACAACCGAGAAACAAGAAUUUUAUGGUCUCGAUAUGGAAGUACUCCGUAAGAGCCUCAAUACGCUGGUAAAAAAGGGGAAAGCUCAAGUGUUUGGGACCGAAGACCAGCAAGGUGUGAAGUUCUUUUGAUUCAUAUCAUAUUCAAGUCAACAUCAACAAAUCAGACAUCCAGCAACCCAAUGCAUCGCUAACUUCGAGCAACCGUAUACCUCAUCACGCCGAUCUGGAAUUAUGCCGCGAGUUCAUACUGCUUCGUCGGUAGCAAUAGUUGGGACAUCGCCGUCUCCAGGAUCCAAUCGGCCGUGACGAUGCGAGGAACUUUUCGGCUACCUUCGGCCAUCUCCUUGAAUCGAGUCCAUAACGACUUGUUCUCCUUUCGAUCAUCGUCGUUGCUCAAAAGGUAAACCUCGUUAUUGGCGUCAAUAUCAGUGCUGGCCUCGCUGUCGGCUCGACCCGAGGGAACUGUUGUGCCUUUGCGACCACGCCACGUCCUACAUUCACCACCGUUGGCUUCCACGAUGGUUUUGAAAGUAUCAACCCCGCCGCGGAUAUUCUCCAGACAGUAGAUGAUACGGCCUUGGAGCAAUUGACCAUGGUUCUUCUGGGCGCGCUCUCGUGAGAGCUUUAGAGAAACACCAAGUUUCUGCUCAUUCUCCUUGUCUUGUAGCCUGAACUCCAUGGGAUCGAGCAGCUCGUUUGCCUCUAAACAAGCGUCAAUGUAGUCAGUCGAGAUCACGAUCGGAGCGUAUGCCAGCGCUGUCACGAACUUCAUCGUCCGGACAAUACGCGGGGCAGCAAGAUGAGUUGCCCUGCUGGGAUCCGUGGUGCAUGUAAUCCCUAGGUUUCGAAGUUGUUUCUAGAAACAUCAGUAUCCAUGUUUUCAACCAUUC